UGCGCCCCCCCUCCCCGACGACAUGUCGCGCGCGGCGGCCAUCGCCAGCUCGCUGAUGCGUCAGAAGCGCCAAGCGCGCGAACGUGAGAAGGCGAACACGUGCCGCGGCGAUGCCAACGAGGGCGCCAGCAGCAAAUUGAACGUGUUUGCGCGCGUCAAUUUGUUCGGGGGCCGCAAGAAGAGGAAGAGGAGGAGGCCGCCAGAGCCCCAGUUGAAGGGCAUUGUGACUCGGCUGUCCAGUCGUCAGGGCUUCCAGCUACAGCUCCAGUCGGACGGAACUAUCGACGGAACCAAAGAAGAAGACAGUUCCUACGCCGUGUUCAACCUGAUCCCCGUGGGACUUCGAGUGGUCGCCAUCCAGGGUGUUCAAACCAAACUGUACCUGGCCAUGAACAGCGAGGGCUUCCUAUACACCUCUGAACACUUCACACCCGAGUGCAAGUUCAAGGAGUCGGUGUUUGAGAAUUACUACGUGACCUACUCGUCCAUGCUGUACCGCCAGCAGGCGUCCGGUCGGGCUUGGUACCUUGGACUUAACAAGGAAGGCGCCAUCAUGAAGGGCAACCAUGUCAAGAAAAACAAAGCGGCUGCACACUUCCUCCCCAAACCACUUAAAGUGGCCAUGUACAGAGAACCGUCCCUUCACGACCUGACUGAGUUGUCCCGGUCCAGCAGCGGCACGCCGACCAAAAGUCGUAGUGCUUCGGCACUGCUUAACGGAGGGAAAUCGCCCAGCAACAAUGACCUAUCGUAGCCCCCCACCCGACGGUGACUCCACUUACUCCUCACGCCACAAACACACACUUCACGCACAGGCUGUGUUGGGAAUCAUUGACUCAUUUCAUAUUCGCGAAUCACCGUACCGUGAUUUUUAUAUGGUGGAUAUCCACAAUUUCAAGAAAAUCUUUUCAAUAAUCCUGUUGUUGUGCUUAAAGAGUCGGAAAUAAGUGAAUGAUGUCAUUGACUCAGUCCGAAUCCUGUGUCACAAUAUACAGUCGUAGCACCUUGGUGUAUUUGUUGGUUGGCAUUUUAAAAUCGGCAAAUUUCAUUUUGGAAGCUAUUUUCCAUAAAUCUGAAAAGUUGUAUUUAUUUUAAAGAGCACUUUUUCGGCAUUUUUGUGUUUAACUACACAUGUAAGUUAGUUGACAAGCAACUUCACUCAAAUUUAGCACUUUGCCAGGUGUCAAAUCCUGUGCAAUUUUUGAAGGGAACUUGUUUUUCUGCUCCUUGUGUUGAAGUUAGUUUAAGGGCACAAAGUCAGACAAAGGUAGGGCUGGGUGCCUUUUUGUGGUAUUUAUAGCCAAUUAGAAACCAAAUCAGGAUGGGGGGUCAGUUGGCGGAAUUAUUUGCCGAUUUUGAGCUUCUAGAGGCAAUUAUAGUGGGGUGUUUUUUGGAGGAAUGUACUACUUCAUCCUGCUCCAUCUUGGGACCAAGGAACUAUGAUGAAAAUACUUGAGGAUCUCCAUUUGCGUGGACUGGGAGUGAUCCCCAACACAGCCACACGCACGCACGCACACCAAAACACGGAUCGGCUGACGGCCAAUCCGGAGUCGGGACUGCAAGAAAGACAAUCAGCUAACAGACUGAAAACGCAACCAAAGAGGACAGCAGGCAGUUGCUUAUAGAGAGACAUGGCCAUGUUUACACGCAGCCGGGGGCAGCAAUGUUUGUUGGCGUGAACGAGGUGCGUGCGUGUGCGUGUCACGCAAAAAGACGGCGGCUUCAACGGGAUGAACGUGAAUGUUUACAAGCCCAUCCUGCUCUUUCGAUGUGAAUGCUGAAGAGAAUUUCAAACAAACUUUGACCGGAAUUCUACAUUUACAAUGGCAUUCACAAAGCGGCGCAGAUUUAGAGAUCAACCAUUUGGGGGAAAAAAAAUCCCAAUUCGAACCAUUCCACCGGUAAACAUCAUUCAGGACAUAUUGGAAAAUCUUUAGCACUUUCCCAGGAUCCCUACUUUUGUUUGCAAGAUUCUAUGGCAAAAUUUCCAAACUAACGGAGGACAUUCUGGAAACUAUUUUUCCCGUUCUAUGUUUACGGCAAUACCCCAAAAUGAGUGAACAUAUUUAACAAAUUGAACUCAUCAUUCCACAUUUCUCAACUUCAAAAUGUUGAGCUCACUCAGGACAUAUGCGCUUUCCACACUCAGGUUACUAUUUUCAUAUAUGUCAGCAUUUAAACUGUACCAUAACAUACUUUUUCCCUCAGAUUCCACAUAGAUUACAUGUAUCUUCAUUGAUUUGGGUCAUUUUGGCUUCAGCUCUUCAGCAUUCACAUGUCAUUUCCACGUGAAUUUCAUUCUCUGGUUCUUCUUUGUUUGUGCUGCUUGUAUUGCUGCAUGAGCCUUCUCGGACCUCUGCCCUUGUAGCAGCAUGCUGAGGUUCCUCUUUACGUUUACGCUCGCUGGAGGGCACCCCUGACCUAGUCGGGUUAAACCAGAACACUCGUGAUCGGACCAAGGGGAAGCGGCGGACGGAACGCCGGCCGACGGACCAGUGGCGGGAGCGGGGUGAGCCAAUGAGGAGCCCGGACACAAUUUUGCUCCCGACAUGCA